CUUUUAGCCGAGUUUCUGACACGUUUUGACCUUUACUCUUUUAUUAUGACAGAAGAAAACAUGGAUUCAGUACCUACUGUUGACUCUUCUUUACCAUCAAACACAAGUGCCUCAAAGAUGAGCAGACACCAGAUAUUAACUUUAAUUGCAAUGGCAUCUAUAAACUUUAGCUCAAUGAUAUGCUACUCAAUACUGGGUCCAUUUUUUCCAUCCGAGGCAGAGAAAAAAGGAGUCAGCCAGGCAGUAAUUGGUUUAAUAUUUGGCUGCUAUGCCUUCUGCACAUUGGUUGGAUCGUUAAUCCUGGGAAAAUAUAUUGUCCAAAUUGGGGCCAAGUUUAUGAUAACUGCUGGACUGCUCAUUUCAGGUGGAUGUACAGUACUCUUUGGCUUUCUGGACAGAGCUCCAGACGGAACCAUGUUUAUAGUGCUCUGUUUGGUUAUAAGAUCAGUAAACGCAGUGGGCUUUGCUGCUGCUGUGACAUCAUCAUUUGCUGUAUCAGCCAGAGUGUUUCCCCACAAUAUAGCAACAAUUUUGGGAUUUAUGGAGAUUUUUACUGGAAUUGGACUCAUUUUGGGGCCUCCAUUAGGUGGAUGGAUGUAUCAGUCAUUUGGAUAUGAAAUUCCGUUCAUUGUUUUGGGAAGUCUUCUGUUUUUGGCUGUUCCAUUAAACAUGUGGAUUCUACCGAAUUUUGAUGAGGUUUCCUCUCAGGGCUCCUUCUUACGGCUUUGUUCACAAGUCAAGAUCAUUCUCAUUUGCUUUGUGGUGUUCACACUUAGCUCAGGAAUUAGUUUAUUGGAUGCAACACUCUCAUUAUUUGCUAUUAAAAAGUUUAACCUGAGCACUGGAUCUGUGGGCCUGCUCAUGAUUGGUGUGUCAUUACCUUAUGGUGCUGCAUCCCCAGUUUUCGGAAUAAUGAGUGAUAAAUAUCCAUUCGUAAGAAAGUGGAUGCUGGUGUUGGGAGGAAUGGCUGCAGCAGUUAGUUUUUGUUUUCUUGGACCUGUUCCAGUUUUGCAUAUACAGAGUGAGCUUUGGCUGACUGUUGUCAUGCUGGUGGUUAUUGGCUUUUCUCUGUGUAUGGCUGGAAUUCCCACCUUUUCAGAGAUGCUUACUUGUGCACAAGAGAAUGGUUUUGAGGAUGGCCUAAGCACUCUUGGUUUGGUAUCAGGACUGUUUUCAGCGGUGUGGUCUGCUGGGAUGUUCUUCGGGCCCACAGUUGGUGGCUUUAUCACACAGAAGCUAAAUUUUGAAUGGGCUGCGGGAGCUCAAGGAGUGCUCACCUUUUUUUCUGCAUUCCUACUGAUAUCAUAUUUCAUUAAAGAAGAUAUACACAAGAGAAGGUUACAAAAAACCACGAUGACUGACGGCACUACAGGAGAAGACUCACCCCUACUUGGAUCAUAAAGAAUGACAGUAACUCAUCAAACUAGAUGCAACACACAUGCAAUGAUUCGUGAACAUCACUUUGAGAAACCCAAAAUAUAUGGUGUGCCAUUAAAAACACAAUUCAGGUGCCCAGGUGGCGCAGCGGGAUAUUCCGCUUCUGAACUCCUCUGUUCGAAACUCAGUGUUGCCACCUGUCGGCCGGGCGCCAUCUAGCAGGCAUAAUUGGCAGUGUCUGCAGCACUCUAAUUGGCUACUGUGUCUGCUAGGGGGGAUGAUCAGACUAUGUGGGUGGGGGAUGAUCAGACUAUGUGGGUGGGGCCUUCAAACGCUGUGCGAAAAGAAAGGGUCGGCUGGGAUUGUGCACGUGUCGGAGGAGGCGUGAGCAGCAACAUACCCUCCUCGAAUGCAAUUGGGGAUCCCCAGCAGUAGAGAACAAAUUGACUACACUAAAUCGGGAGAAAAUGGAAGAAAACGCAUAAAAAAAAAAAAAAAAAUAAUAAUAAUAAUUUAUUUUUGAAAUAUUAUAUUUUGAAUUUGAUUGAAAAACAGACUAAAAUUGUUUAACAGGGAAAAAUAAAAAAGUAAAAUAAUGUGGUUGCACAUGUGAGCACACCCUCUUAUAAUUGGGCAUGUGGCUGUGUUCAGAAUUAAACUAUUUACAACUCAUGUAGUAGUACUAGUAGUGGUCAGUGACACCCAUCAUCAAUUACAGUGCACAUUUUUCAGUGAAAUUGUACAGAUUAUGAUUCAUCUUCAUCUCUUUAAGUUAAGACUUUUGUGAACUGUGGGGGCUAACAGCAGGGUGCAAGCUUCACCUGUGAACAUAGAGCUUUUGUCCUGGAAUCCAGAUCCCUUGGCACUGAUUACUACCUGCUUGUUGCUAUGGUGGAAUGAAUAAAUGAUGAAUAAACUUGGAAAACUCUGACACUACAGAAGAUA